AUGGUGACCCUCGACGAAGCCACGGCGCUUCUACAGAAACCGGCCGACGCAGCCGCAGCCUCCUCGACCCUCGUCCGCGCCUCCUCGCAGUACAAACCCCUAUCAACCUUCACCCUUCCAAAGGAGCGUUCCUACCAACAACAAUAUGCCGACGUCUACUUCCUGCGCCUCACCUCGAUCAAACCCGCCGUCGACGCCGUCGCCGCUGAAGCCUGGGACGGCACAGUCAUAGGCGGCGAGGAAGCCCGCCAUGUCAACCGCGUCCUUGACGUCCGCCAGGGCGAGCUUUGCUGGGUCACCGGCACCGUCUAUAUGGACAUGCCCCUGAAGCCCAAUAUUCUGGAGGAUGUGUCGAAGGACCGUUGGAUCUCCGCCCCCAUCUCCACAGACCGCUACUAUUCUGACGACGUCGAGAAGAACCAAAUCAUGCUCGAGGACGACUCAGGCCGCAUCCGCCUCGUCGGCGACGUCCUCAAAUCGAUCCACCUCGUGACGGGCUGCAUCAUUGGCGUAAUGGGCACCGAGAAUGCCAGCGGCGAGCUUGAGGUGAUCGACGUCAAGUUCCCCGAUCUCGCACCUCAACCCUCCCGCUGGUCCCUCACCCAACCACCUCCAUCCUCCGAAGACCACGACAUGUCCGGCACAACGCCCUCCCAACAAAAGCCCUCCUCCAAGAUCGCCAUCGUUUCGGGUCUGUCCUUCUCCGGCACAGACGCAUCCUACGCCCUCGAGCUUUCACUGCUCCUCGAGUUCCUCCUCGGCGAGGCCCUCUCUCCCGAGACGCAGUCCCAAAUCAUAAACAUCUCGCGCCUAGUCAUCUCGGGCAACUCCAUCUCCACAACGGCCGCGAACCCGGCCCUCAAGACGGACGACGCUACAAACGGCAACAAGAAGGCAACGGUGAAGAAGUACGGCUACGAUGCAAGCGCGUAUAACCCCCUCCCGAGUCAGCUCUUUGACGAGUUCCUCGCGGACCUGCUGCCCUCCAUGCCCGUCACCCUCAUGCCGGGCGCACAGGACCCCGCCAACGCGAGUUACCCUCAGCAACCGAUCCACCCGGCCAUGUUCCCGCGCGCAAGGCCAUAUGCGGCUGGCCCAGAUGCCAAGGAGGCCGGCUGGUUCGACACUACGACGAAUCCGUGGGAGGCCGAGGUUGACGGGUGGAGGAUGCUGGGUACAGGAGGUCAGAACGUCGACGAUGUCUUCAAGUACGUCGACAGCGACGACAGGUUGGGCAUGAUGGAGGCCAUGUGCAGAUGGCGAUGCAGCGCGCCGACGGCGCCGGAUACACUCUGGGCAUACCCAUUCCAAGACAAUGACCCGUUCGUGAUGAAGGAAGCUCCCCACGUCUUCUUCGUCGGCUGCCAGCCAGAGUUCGGAACAAGGGUAAUUCAGGGUGCUGACGGCCAGACGACGCGGUUGAUCACCGUUCCUUCAUUUUCAGAAACCAAGGAGAUCGUUCUCGUUGACACGGAAACGUUGGAGGUCUCCAAGGUCAAGAUUUCGGCGGCAUCAUAA